UUUGCUAUUAUUUUAAAUGCUAUCAAAAAUAUUUGUGGCAUUUAGUUCCACAGCUAAUACUUUUAAGAAUAAGUCAAAACUAACAGAAUUUUAUAAGGCAAUUCAUCCAGAUAUGUUGUAAAAUGCACCUGACAAUGUGAAAAUGGAGAAUACUAGAUCAUUAAAGAUUCUUAAUAAUUAUUUUGAUGCUGUGUCUUAGAAUGAACGUACAGAACCAUAAGAAUUGGUGUUUUAUAUGGCUGAAAAACAGAAUACAAAAGCAAGGAAGUUUUUACCAUUUACAAUUGUAUUAGACGCAUAUUUAGGAAAAGAUUAAUAAGGUGCAAUCGAUAAGUAUAUAUGUAUAAAUUAAUUUUAGAGUUACAACUUAAAUAAAGGAAUAGAUAAAUUAGAAAUAUUAUGAAAUCAGAAAGGAAUUUAUAGAUAAGCAAAGUAAUCCAUUUGUUACUUACACAAACUAAUAUGAAAAAGUGAAGAAAAACUUUUUAGAUACAACAACAUCAUUAAAGAAAAGAUCAACAACAUAAGAUACAGAGUAAUUAGCAUUAAGAGCAUCAAUUUUUUCAGCUUAAAUGCAAUCCGAAUACGAUAAAUUUUUAAAGAAUGCUAAUUAAUAAAUGAGACAAGCAAAUAUGCCUUAAAUAAAGCCUAGAUUAUGGGCUAGUAUAAUGCUAGAUAAAUGUGAGAUGAUACCUAAUUUAUUUCAAAUAUUUGAUUAAAUGAUAGAUCCAAGAUUGAUAUUUUUUGAUUAAGAAUUAACUAAAGAAUAAAGUGAUAUAUGUAUGGAUAAUAAUUUAUGAUUAAAAUUAGUUGUUGAAAAAAUCAUACCUAAAACAACAAAUUUGAUAAGUGUUUAAGCAUUAUCUCCUUUUUUUAAAAGAUUGGAAAAGGCUGAUCCUUAAAUAUGUUUAUAUGUAACUAAAAGAUAUGGUGCAUCAGACAUACCAGGAUAUUUUAGUGUAUAUUAAAUUUGUAUUUAAAUUAGAUUCCAUAUAAUUUUGAUGUAUAAGAGAUUUAACAAUAAUUUGGAGUUUAUUAAAAAUAAAUAAAAAAGGAGAGAGAAGAAUAUGAUUAGGAAUUGAAAAAGUAUUAAUAAUCUCUAUAUAAUUUGGCAGAUCGUUUUUUCAUAACUAACAUUUAAAAUGAAGUUGUAAGAAUUUAUUGAUUUAAUUAAGUUAUUAAAAAAUACAGAUGUAAUCAGAAAGCUAAAUAUGAGUUUACUUAUCUUAUAAAAAUAAUUAAAUGAAGUUAAUACAGAGAGAUUAAAUAAUUUAAGAAUGAAAUAAUGGGUAUUAACUGAGAGUGUUACUAAGACAGUAGAUAGUAUAGAUCAUUUUUAUAUUCCAAUACCUUUUAGUGGAGUAGUUUGAAUUGAAAUUAAUGAG